AUGUUCUCAAAGAUUGCUCUGGUGUGGGGCCAUUCAGGUGCUCUGGGGGUCACCCCGGGCUCCAAGGAACCAGAGUGUCCCCUGCAGCCGGAAGUGGGAUGGCAGGUGCAGAAGUGCAUCUUCAGGCCAAGGGGACCUGGGACAGGGCCGGGUCAUAGAGCAGGCUAUUCGGGGGUACCUGUAAUCUUAGUUGUCACAGAGGCACAUAUUUCCCCUGAAGGCAAAUCAGAGGGUGCCCCUGUGUCACCCUGCGAGGGCAGACCCGGAGGACUUGGAUUUGCCCUGACAGAUCGGGGCCUGCCCACUGGACUCCAGCCAAAAGCAACACCUGGGGGCCUUGAGUUCUGGAGAAGGCCAGGAACGCAUUGUGCAGCCUGUCUGAAGGGCUCCCAGAUCUCCAAUAGCCUGAGAUGUUUCUCUGUGCAGUGGCCUCAGCAGUUCCCUGAGACACAACAUAAUGACCUGGGUGCCAUUCACUUCUUGGAAUCAGUGGCAAAGGAAAGGGGCAUUUUUGCUGUGACUAGUUUACCCCAAAGGAAUGUGGGAACCCUCUCUUCUCAGAGUCAAGGGUUCUCUGCCUGCUACACAAAUGCAGAAUUCGAUUCUUCUGGCAAGGAAAGAAGUGAGGGGCCAAUGAGUAGGAAGAAGACGGUGUCUUCCGGUCUCCCAGGCUGGUAUGUUUCUCCCGCCAGAAUUGUGAAAUCUUCUGUCACCAUAUACAUUUGGGAAAUGACAGGAACAUCUCCUCAGCCUUCAACCGCAGCAUGGAUGGACAUGGGGCAGCAAAUGGCAUGUGCACUGGGCAGGACCCAGCAACAGAAGCCAAGUGCAGAUGUGAGUGUAAGUGGUUUGGCCACCAGGCAACCAUCUGGCAGCUUCUUCUGGAGGGAAGCAUUCACCUGGCCUAUUAACCAGGACGAAUGAAAAUAUGUGCCCUCCACCCCUGCCAAAGCCAUCAGCCCCUGUCUGUAUGAUCACUUAUCUGGACAAUGAGGCCAGCGUGCCCUGCCAGCCUGUUGGUAGUGGGAAAACUCAAGCCCUGGGGUAUUAGAGACCCGGGUGCCUCUGCCCACCAGGAAUGCUCCAGUCAGGGUGGGUUCUCUAACCAGACUUGAUAGAACAUACAGAUUGCGUGCUUGUGUGUGGAACUCCUGAUACUCAGAGCUGUGUCUCAGAGAUUCAUCUGUUUCCUGGCAUGGACCCUUCCUUUUCCACGGCUGAGUGCAAUUCCAGGUUACAGUAAAUCUGUGAGCAUUCGCGUAUAUGCCUUUUGGUCAACAUGUGCCCUUAAUUUGGUUGAUCUAUACCCAGAAGAGUGACAGGUUGGAGCACAUGUGCCUUUCUGCCUCUAAUGGUGCUGUUGAACCAAUAUCCAAAGCAGCUUUACCACUUCAUGUCCCCACCAACUGCUCCACAUCCUCACCAGCACACGGUAUUGUCAACUCUAGAAUUCUCUUGGGUGAGUAGUUUCCAUGUACGUUUAUUACUGUGCUAAUUACACUAGAGUGUUGGGGGCGGUUCCUAAUUUGGCACGCCCAUCUACUUCCCCUUCCUUAAUGUAGUACACUUGUAGCUGGGCACCUGGGCACUCAGCUAGUGAGUGCACAUCCCAGCUUCCCUUGCAGCUGCCAGCGGCCCCAUGGCUAAGUUCUGGUCAAUAGUAUGUGGCAGAGCUGAUGUAUGCCACUUCCUGUCCCAGUGAAUCUGUGAGCCUGCCCUUCCUCCCUGCAGGUGGAUGACAGCCACGCUGCCCACAGUCCGCCUGUCCAUCUCUGGCAACGUUAUGUAACAAGUAAAGAGAUGUACACCUUUAUUUAGCCACUGUAUUUCAGAUCUCUUUAUUAUUGCAGCAGACGAUGGCCCCAAAGGAAUGCACCGUGAUUUCACAUUCACCUUCUGGCUCUAUCUAACACAUUAGGACCUGUGCUGGUUCUGUCUGUUCAGCACCAUUUUUUUUGCCAGGGUUCUGCUCCCACCCAGACCCAAGAUUCUGUUAUAUGAUGGACACAUCCUGCCAUAGGCUCAGGCAGGUGACCCAGGUCUGACCGGUUGUGACUUCCCAUCCUAUUCAGGAUGGGGCCAGAGCCAUGACUAGGGUUAGGAUUUGGCCCCAGGAGGUGUCAGGGGCUCAACCACCAGCACUGCAGUGAAAGUUGAGUUGAGGGCAUGUGUUAGGUUGUGGGUCAGAGUUAGGGUUUGGGUUCAGGAGCCAGACAACUGGGUGGGCCAGGGUUAGGUUUGGGUUCAGGAUCUGCUCCUUCAACUCCAUCCCAGCCUUGGGAAUGUCAUGGCAAAAUUCUGGGUUCCUUGCUGAAAUAUUUUGCUCUGGUUCUUGGCCCCAAAUUCCUUCUUUCCUCAGACAUAAAAGGUGGGCCCCCUCAGGGCAAGUGCCAUGGCUAAGGUUAGGGUGAGAUCCCAGAAGGCAGCAGGGUCCAAACCACCAGCAGUGCAGCGAUAUCCCUGGAGGUCUGAGUUGAAGGCACAUGCUACAGCACUGGUCUGGCUUUGAGUUUAAGUUCAGGGGUCUGCCAUCGUGUGGGCCAAUGAUAGGUUUUGGGUCAGGAUCCACUACUGCAGCACUAUCCCAGCCAUGAAAAUGUUGUGGCAAACUUCUGAGUUCCUUGCUGAAUAAUUCUGCACAGGUCAUGGACCCCAUAUCCAUUCUUUCCUCUGACCUAGGAGGUGUGGAACCCCCUUUGGGCCAGGCCAUGGCUAGGGUUAGGGUUGGUCCUGGAAGGCAGCAGGGGUCAAACCACCUCCCUUUCAGUGAUCGCCAAGGAGGGCUGAGUUUAGGGCAUGUGGUAGGAUGUGGGUCAGAUUAGGGUUUAGGCUCUGGGGGUGGCUUAUGGUUUGGCCAGUGUUAGGUUGUGGCUCAGGAUACCCUUCUACAGCUCCAUACCAGUUGUGGAAAUGUCAUGGCAAAAUUUUUGGGUUCCUUGCUGAAAGAUUCUGCACUGCUCAUUGCCCUCAAAGCUUUUCUUAUCUCAGCCUAAAAGAUGGGCUCCCUAGGGCAAGUGCAAUGGCUAGGGUUAGUGUUAGGUCCAAGGAAGCACCAGGGGCCCAACCACAAUCAGUGCAGUGAUCUCCCUGGAUGCCUGAGUUGAGGCUGUGUGUUAUGGGGUGUGUCAGGCUUAGAUUUGAGUUCAGUGGCUGGAUGAUUGUGUGAGCCAGUGUUAGGUUUUGGCUCUGGAUCCCCUUUGGCCACUCCAUCCCUGCUGUGGAAAUACCAUGGAUAUUUUCUGGGUUCCUUGCUGAGUAUUCCUGCACCAGUAAUGGGCCACCAAUCUGUUCUCUUCAGACCUAGGAGGUAGGUCCCCUUAGGGGAAGAGCCUUGGCUAAGAAGUGGCCCCGGGAGGUGGUCGGGGCUGAACCACCACCAGUUCAGUGAUCUCCAGAAGGGCUGAGUUGAGCACACAUGUUAGGGUGUGGGUCAGGCCUAGGCUUCAGGCUCAGGGAGCAGCCAGUUGUUUGGGCCAGGGUUAGGUUUAGGCUCAGGAUCCCUAUCUAUAGCUCCAUAGAGGCCAUGGAAAGGUCAUGGUACAAUUCUGGGUCUGUUGCUGAAUAAUUCUAUGCUGGUCAUGGGCCCCUCUAUCAUUUAUUCCUUAGAUAUAAGAGAUGGGCCCCUUUAAAGCCAGAGGGAGGUGGCAGUGACAGUGGCCAAAUAGCCAGCAGGGCAGUGAUCUGCCCGGAGGGCUGAGUGGAGGACCAGCAUUAGGGUGCAUGUCAGGCUUAGAAUCUAGGCUCAUGGGCCUCUUGAUGAUGUGGGCCAGGGUAAGGUUUUGGCACAGUAUCCCCAUCUACAGCUCCAUCGCAGCCAUAGAAAUGUCAUGGUGAUAUUAUGGGUUCUUUGCUUAAUAAUUCUGUGCCAGUCAUGUGCCCCAAAUUCAUUCUUUUCUCACAUCUAAUAGGUGGGCCCCUUGGGGCUGAGCCUCAGUGUAGCUUAUCCCCUGAAGGGGCAGCUGGCUUUCCCAUCUAGGGCAACCCAUGGGGCCUCACCCCAGAUGAGAAGCUUUCCUGACAGUGGUCCUUCAUAAAGGAAGUAAGAGCUUAGAAUGCCUUCUCAGUCCAUGUGUGCUCAGGCCUAGAGCCUCCCAGGAGCUAGGAGCCAAGCUUUGGGGCAUCUCUCUGUAACCUCCUUUCUUUGGAGGACUUCUUGUUUUUGAAGUUGACUGCAUCAGGUUCCCUCUCCUGGUUUAGCCACUGUGGGCCAGCUUGUUUUCCUGUUUUUUUUUUUAAAUGUUUAUUUUUAAGAGGGAGAGAGGAGAGAGAGCAUGCACGAGAG